AUGGCCGCCCUGACCCUGACCCUCCUGGCGAUGACCGCAAUGGCCACAGCGACCACGGCCGCCGCCGGCGUCCCCUCCGGUGGCCCCAGUGCCACCCCCGCCGUGGUGGCGGUCACCCUGGACAUGGCUCCGGCCGCCUUCGAUGACCAGUACCGGGGCUGCGGCCGCGCCAUGGCCGCGGCAUUGCCGGCCCUCAACCGCUCCGAGCUGCGGCGCGGCGGCCCCUGGGCCGAGGCCUGGGCUCUGGCCGCUGCCCAGUGGCGUGGCCGGCCGGCCCCGCCGGCCCCUGCGUCCCCUCUGUCCCCGGACCAGGCCAUCGCCCUCAUGGCCUACACGGCGCCGCUGCCCUUGCACCGCGAGUUCAACGAGGCCGUGCGCCAGGCCGGGCGCUCCCGCCGGGAGUACCGCGACAACUUCCACUUCAAAACGCUGCAUUUCCUGCUCACCCAGGCCGUGGCGGCGCUGCGCGGCUCCGUGUCCCCGCGGUGUCUGCGCGUGUUCCGCGGGGUGCGCGGCGUUCGCUUCGCGGCGCGGCGCGGGGACUCCGUGCGCUUCGGCCACUUCGCGUCGGCCUCGCUGCGCAACGAGAGCUCCUGGGGCUUCGGCACGGACGCGGCCUUCCAGGUGCUCACCUGCCAGGGCGCGGCCGUCCGCGAGUUCUCCUUCUUCCCGCACGAGGAGGAGGUGCUGAUCCCGCCCUUCGAGACCUUCGAGGUCACCGAUGUCACCAACGUCACCAAGGACGGGGACAAGGCGCGGAUCCAGCUGCGCUCCACCGGGACCUUCAGCAACUACAACUGCGAGUGGCUGCGAGAGCAGCGCUGUGGGGACGGGCCCUGUGUGUUUGACACGGGCUGGAGCAUCCCCAGGACCCCUCCCCACCUCAGGGGGCUCCUCGUGGCCACCACAGCCCUGGCAGUGGCCACCGGAACCUUCUGA